AUGACUACCCCGCCUUUGCCACCGCAUCUCAAGGCCAUCAAACAUCGCGGAGAAUUUGAGUACCCAAUUCAAGUCUGGUAUCUCAAUCUCUCGGUGCUAGCGCUUGCGACGGUCAUCAACGGAGUAACCAUCGCCUGGACGAAGCUGUCACCUCGUUUCUUCCCUCGUGGCGGCUCAACCCGACAAGACGCUGUCGCCGUCAGCAGGGUCCCUGCGGCUCUUCUCGCUGGCUGGCGCAUCUUGGCUUUCAGAUGGCGAGUGCCUCUGGGAAGUCUGGUCGAUGCUUCCCUUUUCGAGGCCUUUGUAGUGUGUGUCUACAUGGCUGCUCUGCUCAUAUGGGAGUUCGUCCAUACCAACAAUCUCGCGCCUGCUUUCUGGAGCAACCGGGCAGCCCACAUCGCCGCGGCCCAACUGCCGCUUAUGCCGGCUCUGUCGGCCAAGAACAAUGUCAUCGGCCUUCUGACUGGUAUCAGCCAUGAGCGGCUUAACGUCUUACAUCGUGCCGCGGGUCGUUGCAUCUAUGUCCUCGUCUGGAUCCACUUCUGGGGCCGCUGGAAGAUCGGGUUCUAUGGCCCCGAUGACAUUCCUCACAUGCCCUGGCAGCAAGUUGGUGCAGUCUCCGGAGCAGCAUACUCGCUUAUCAUCAUCCUCUCGCUCCGUCCCUUCCGUCGCUGGUCAUACGAAAUCUUCUACUUCACGCAUGUAGUGAUGGUCAUUGUCUUCAUCAUCGCUUCUUGUAUCCACACAACCACGCCUGGAUUCAACUACUACGUCUGGCCUGUCUGGGUCGUCUGGGGCUUCGAGCGCAUAGUCCGUGGCUUCCGCUACCUAGUGAUCAACUUCAUCCUCGCGCCGCGCUCAUCAACGCCGUCGUCUGCCGCUCUGAGCCUCAUCACGCCUGAUACUCUUUGUGUCACGCUCACUCGUCGUAUGCCACUGGGCUGGAAGCCAGGUCAACACGCCUUUCUCGCCUUCCCUCGCAUUUCGUCCUUCCCACUCGAGUCGCACCCGUUCUCGAUUGCGAACAUCCCAAAGCGGGGUAGCGGAAGCGAGCAGGAGCUGAUGUUCAUGAUUCGUGCCCGCGACGGAGUUACAGGACGCAUGCUGCGGGCGGCAGCGGCUAGGCCCAACGGCCAAGUUUCUGUACAGAUCGACGCACCAUACGGUAUGCCCACCGAUCUGGCCCCAUACAGGACUUCUGUGCUUGUCGCCGGCGGGACAGGCGUCUCGUACACGCUUCCCCUACUUCUCGAUGUCAUACAGCGCUCUGCUGAUGGAAAAACGCGGACGAAGCGCGUUCGCUUUGUAUGGGCCGUACGCUCUGAAGCUUAUCUGAAUUGGAUUGCACCGUAUCUUCGCGAUACCGUGUCAUCUUGUCCGUCUGACUUGAGUCUCGAGAUCAAUCUCUUCGUCACAGACUCCCCCAGUGACGCCGGAAGUAUGGAGGAGAAACGCUCACUGCCUGAACUCGCCGUCGGCGAAGACCUCGAAGCUGGAGGAGGCUUGACCAAGGGAUCCCCUGCGAAUCCCGCGCUCGCGCAGAUGGGUGACAUUCUCAAUUCCAUCAAGGGGCGUCCCGACGUGAAUCAUAUCAUCUCUGAGGAGAUAUCGCGCGGUCAAGGCCCAGUUGCCGUUGAAGUGUCUGGACCGCAUAGCCUUGUCGAUGCAGCCCGAUCGUCAGUAUCGAGCGUCCAGGAGAUCAUCGAUGUACUCAAGGGCGGGCCGACUGUCAACUUUCAUGCGGAGGUGUUCAAGUACUAG